UGGUUCUUUACAUUAUUUUGGCAAUAAACCAGUCAGGCACUCAUAUACGCCAAACCCCCAUGACUACAUGGUUACAUGACUUUUCAAAUCUCAAAGAAAUACUCCAAAAUUGACGUUUAUGGCAGAUUCCAGAUGAUAGCUGACAACGCAGUUUUGAGUAGUAUGUAGGGGCCCUUCUCUCAUCAUCAAUCACCUCUCUUUGUAAUUAUCUUUGGUACCUACACACCGCUAGACCCCCACCGGAACAUUAAUUCCGACCUAAUUUUAGGGUUUUAUUCAUUCACACACGGAUUAAGGAUUUUCUUUUCAAUUGAGAUUCCCGCUGCCGGUAGAUCACGUAUAGAAUCGAGGUUCGUUAUCCCUGCUACUUGCUGAAUUCUUCAUCAACAGUUGAUUUUUUAAUCAGUACUUGAUUGGCUUGUCGGGUUCGCAUUUCAUAAUCAGGUGUUAAAACCCUAAUAAUGUUAUAACCACCGUCUUUACGGAAAAUUGGGCGUUUUUGCUGUUGAACUUAUUCAACGUGAACGUGGUCAUUUUUCGUGGCUAGUUUUUGGUUGUAGACGAUGGAAGAUGAAAUAGCUAGAGACUCUACAUGGACUAGGGAGCAGGAUAGGGCUUUCGAGAAUGCUCUGGUUGAAUAUCCCGAUGAGGAUUCUGAUGAUCGGUGGGAAAAAAUUGCCGCCGAUGUUCCCGGAAAGACUGUGGAAGAGAUUAAGCAUCACUAUGAGUUAUUAGUUGAUGAUUUAGACCGUAUUGAAUCUGGUAUUGUUCCUCUACCUUGCUAUAGUUCCUCUUCAGAGGACUCUGCAACCCAUGGAGGCGAUGAUGGAAACAGUAAGAAAGGUGGUAACAGUGAAUCCGUUCAUGGAGUUAAGUCCUCAAAGUCAGAUCAGGAGCGCCGGAAAGGUGUUGCAUGGUCAGAAGAUGAACACAGAUUAUUUCUUCUUGGGCUGGAGAAAUAUGGGAAAGGAGAUUGGAGAAGUAUAUCCAGGAACUUUGUGGUGACAAGAACUCCUACUCAAGUUGCAAGCCAUGCACAGAAGUAUUUCAUUCGUUUGAAUUCAAUGAAUAGAGAAAGGAGGCGAACAAGCAUUCAUGACAUAACUAGUGUCAACAAUGGUGAUGGAGCUGCAAUCACUGGUCAAACAAAUGGUUCUCCGGCAGGUAAGUCAAGCAACCACUCCCCUCUGGUGACCGGAGAUCCUUCUUCCUCCAUGGUUAGUGGAUUACCGCUAGUUUUGGCAGUAGGCACACCUGUAAAUCUUUCACCAAUGUCACACAUGACAUACCCCAUGUUGAACAAAUCAUCCCGUAGGUGAAGUUGCAAGUUGGAAACCUGUAGAAAGAAGGAUAACUCCUCCAGGAAAGAUGCAAACUAUUGUUGCUAUGUGAUAAAUCACAGAGACCAACAUGCUCUAAGUUGGUGGUACUAUGGUAGGUUGUACGUGGUGGUAAGGAGCUCAGUGUUAUGCUCGAUUGAAAAAUCAAUUCAUUCAUUCACAUUUGAAGUUGGACUCCAUGAACGGAUGCGCCAAUGGACUUUAGAGACGUAUAAAUAUGAAUAUUUUGUGAUAUGGUGAUGUGAUAUUUUAAUGGGGUUGCAUUCUUCUUAUAUACUGAUUCGUAAAUAUGUAUUGUAUGUUUAAAUUGAAGUUAAUAUGUAUAAGAUAUCGACUCUCAAAAAUCAAA